CAUAGAUAGCCAUUGGCAUUCUUACAUCUCCUUCUUCUUCUUCAAGUCAGGAUUAUCCAUUUCAAUAAGAAACCACAUUACUUCUGAUAUGCAUUUACAAAACGCAUAUUCCUUCUCAACAACAACAACAACAAAACCAUAAGAAAUCUCUGCGAUUCAAAAUUUCCUCAUAUAAAAACCCUCACCCUCCCACAAUUAUCUCCACUCAACAAUGGCGGAACAAGCACCAUCAGAUUUGCCCUACGAAGAAUUCGAACCUUUCUGCGAAUGGAAAAGGCUCGAAGACUCCGAUGUUCUUCAGGUUCAUCUCGCAGAAUUCAAGAAGGAAGAAUUGAGGGUUCGGAUCAAGAACAACUCCGUCCUUACACUUUCCGGCGAGCGCCUAGCAGCCGAAGACUGGAAGAAGAUCCGUUUCAACAGUGAAAUCAAACUCCCAAAGGAUACACUUCCAGAUCAAAUCCGUGCCAAAUUCGGCGACUCUGUUCUUUCGAUUACGAUGCCGAAGAAGAAAGCCUCACCAGCCUCCAUUGAUAAUGCUUGCCCUAGAAACUUCAUAUCCGGAGUAAAAUCUUCAUUAGCAAGGUUGAAAUUUAGCAAGGAAUCGGCUGUGGCUAUGGCGGUUGCGGGACUCAUUCUGGCCUCGGGAGCUUACUACUUGAUAGAAAACGCUGCGGAUUGAUUUCUGUAAUUCCUGUUAUUAUUUUUUAGGGCUAAAUUAAUAAAUUAAUUCUUUUAACUUAGUACUUUAAUUAACCUAAACUUUUUUUAAAAAAAAAUUAAUAAUACAUUUAUUGUUAAAUUA